GUGGCCAGGAUGGCGCAUAUAUUGGAUGCAUGAAGUCAGGAGACGUGAUAUCAGAAGAGGGAAAGCCUUGGUAUGAACCUGAUUGGUGGAAAUUUGGGGAUGAAAAAUCGUAUUUCCGACAUGCAUCUGGUUCACUUGUUAUACUUUCAAAGAAUUUGGCACAGUACAUUAACAUAAACAGUGUAUCUUUGAAGACAUAUGCUUAUAAAACUACCUAUUCCAAAGCUGUUUGUAUUCAAACCGGCAUGCGAGGAAUGGCUGCUAGAAAUGAACUUCGAUUCAGGAAGCGGACCCUAAGAAGACUGCGAACAUUCAGUGGAAAUUUUAAAUGUGGGUUCUUUGUUAAACCGUUUUAUGUAAUGUUAAGUGGUUAUGGAAAAAUUUAUGCGUUAGUUGAUUUUUUUAUGGAGUUAGUUAUGGAAGUUGCUGGAGGUGGUGGCGACAACCACAAUGACUAG